AUGGAUUUCUCUGCCAGCACCGCUCUUCUCUUGACUAUCUCCUGCUGCCUGUGGAAUACCGAAGCCCGAGAGUGUUCAUUCAUGCUCAGUGUGCUAAAUGGGGGUUCCUGGGGUGAAUGGGGUCCAGGUUCAUUUUGCGAUGAAGGCUAUGCUAAUGGCUUCUCCCUGAAGGUGGAAGAAAAGCAAGGGGGAAGUGACGAUACAGCUUUGAACGGAAUCCGCUUGUACUGUACCAAUGGCACAACAAUUGAGUCUAAAGUUGGACAGUGGGGAACCUGGACCAAAAAACAAUUCUGCCCCACAGGUUACUUGAUUUCUUUUUCUCUGAGAGUGGAAGUAAGUCAACAAAUGGGUGAUGAUACAGCAGUUAACAACAUCCAGUUCACCUGCAGUAAUGGUGAUGUCCUGAUGGGCCGUGGCUUGAGCUGGGGUGAAUGGGGUCCAUGGAGCCAUCAGUGCCCGUCAGGUGGCAUAUGUGGGAUGAGAACAAGAGUGGAGGAUGCACAGGGUGUUGGUGAUGACACAGCUCUCAAUGAUGUGAUUUUUCUCUGCUGUUAA